AUGAAUGAAACAUGCGCUGAGGAGAUUGUUUGGGUGAAGAUGAGACAAGAAUGGCACAGCAGUGCAUGGCGAUCACUCUCGUCGACACUUGGACAACCGAUUCUCGAAGACGAAUCUGAUGGUCGAAAUCCGUCAGUGUCGAUCUCAUCGACAACUUCUUCUCAAACGGGUCGAAUGAGUGAAACAAGAGAAAGAAGGCGACAAUGGAAACAUCGACCAUGGGCAUCAUAUGUUGUACCAGAAAGGUUGGUU